UUAUUGCAAUAUUAAACAACGUUGGAACCUCACGUUCAAGGCUCAAAACCUGUGGAAGCAGGACGUGUCAGCGUUUGGUGAAGAGAAACCAGUCUGGUAACGCCACAACAGCUGACUUCUUUGCACUUUUAAUCAUCACAUCGAUACUGUUAUGUCGAAAAGCUAGAUCUCACUCAUCUUUUAAGUUGUUAUGUUAACGUAGCAGGCGAAAAAGUCGACACAUGUAUUUCAAGAGAAGCUCAUUCGCAAGCAGGCUGUCAUCAAAAUAGUUAAGUGCAGAUUUAUAAAGAGAAAAUGUUCGAGGAGUUUUCAAAUGACACCCAUUGGCGGCCAAUACAAAAUAGUAGAGCUCCGCAGCGCUGGAUGGGGAAUCAAAACGCAAAUAACAACAACCAGCUAAUUAAUGAUCCGGCGCUGGGAAGAAGGCGUUUGAGUGGCGCCGGCAAUAAGUGGUACCUGCGCUACCUCAAAGAUGGAUUCGAACCAGAGGAGGCAUAUCGUAAAGCACUAGAACGACGUCCAGUUCCAAACGUGUCACAGAAUGCUGAUCGAAAGCGUUCAAAUUAUUCGCGUCCCAUCACAUCGAUACCAAAAAGGUUGCACACAGUUCGUGAGGAAGAGCCAGUGGAGGGAGAAAGAAAGAGUAACACUCGUGAUCGUGAUCUCGAAGACAAGGAAAAAUUGGUAGCUAUUGUGCCCGUUGGCUACCCAAAAGAGACGCUAUCCCCGAAAGAUCUCAUAAAAGUUGAAGAGGCCGUUUUGUUAGAGGUUGCCAGCGACCCGGACGACUCGCUGAGCCUAGACCGUCUGGAAUUCAAGUCGGGGUACAUGCUGGUCGACUGUCCCGACAAGAAGACAGCUAAAUGGCUGUUGAACGUGGUGGCGAAGCUUUCCAUCUGGAAUGGGAAACCUUUGGAGGCAAAGCUAGGCGGUAGCGUGUUACCCGAUCGCAAUGUCACUCUCUACAUUCCCAACAGUGCGACCAAGGAUCAGGAAUUUAUCAUGGCUCUUCUGCGCAACCAAAACAGUCUCUGCACAGACACUUGGAAAGUGUUGUCAUUCACGAAGGUGGGCGAUGAUUGCGUACUGGUCCUUCGCAUCGACAAUAUGUCAAUGCAGAAGAUUAAUGAAAACGGCAACAAAGUGUGGUUCCGUUUCGGUACCAUCCCAGUGAAUGAAGUGGUGGAUCUGACCGAGGUUGACGAAAAGGACGAUAAACCAUCGGAGGAAUCAACAUAAAUUAAAAUUCUCCAGGCAAAUACUACCCCUACGAAUAAUAAUUCUUAUAGAAUUAAUUCUAUGACACAAAAAUAGUAUAUAUACUCAUACUUAACGUGUAUAGUACAUCAAAAAUCGCAUUUACAUUCCCCACAUACUUAUAACACUCCCGUUUCUACAGCUGCGACUUAAAACACUAUGUUCAUCAAUUUAAUAAAACGGACACAUGAACAAUAAAUAACAAAUAGAA